AUGCCUGUCGUCAAUCCAGAAAAACUGGUAGCUCUACAGCGGAAUCCAGACGGCAUCAGAAAUAUUUGUAUCUUAGCCCACGUUGAUCAUGGAAAAACAUCCCUUUCAGACGCCCUCAUUGCUACCAACGGCAUCAUUUCCCCCAAACUCGCAGGCAAGAUUCGAUACCUCGACUCCCGUCCCGAUGAACAAACUAGAGGUAUUACCAUGGAAUCAUCUGCCAUCUCCCUCUUCUUCUCCAUGCUACGAAGAUCUGCGCCCAAUGCUACGCCCGAACCAAAGGAAUAUUUGAUCAACUUGAUAGACUCUCCCGGACACAUCGAUUUCAGCAGCGAAGUCUCAACCGCGUCACGUCUGUGUGAUGGCGCAGUGGUCCUAGUGGAUGCCGUGGAAGGUGUAUGCAGUCAGACUGUUACAGUGCUGCGGCAGACUUGGGUUGAGCACAUGAAGCCUUUGCUUGUUAUCAAUAAGAUGGACAGGCUAAUUACCGAACUCAAAAUGACUCCUGGAGAAGCAUACAUACAUCUCAGCAAACUACUAGAACAAGUUAAUGCCGUUCUAGGAAGUUUCUUCCAAGGUGAGCGAAUGGAGGAGGAUCUAAACUGGCGGGAAAGAGUCGACGAGAGAAUUGCUGCGGCAGCUGCCAAAGAACUCGAGAAAUCAGAAAAAGAUGUCGUUGGCAACUCGGUCGAUAUCGAUACCAUGGCUGCAAACCCCGAGUUCGAAGAAAAAGAUGACGAAGAUCUUUAUUUUGCCCCAGAAAAGAACAAUGUUAUAUUUAGCAGUGCCAUCGAUGGCUGGGCAUUUACCGUCAGGCAAUUUGCAAGCUUAUACGAGAAGAAAUUGGGCAUAAAGCGCACGGCUAUGGAGAAAGUGCUCUGGGGAGACUUCUAUCUAGAUCCGAAGACCAAGAAAGUUUUGGCGCAAAAACAUUUAAAGGGCCGUAAUCUCAAACCAAUGUUCGUUCAGUUGGUGCUUGAGCAGAUUUGGGCUGUAUAUUCUGCAACUACUGGUGGGGACAAGGGGAAGGGUGAUCCUGCCAUGACCGAAAAGAUUACAAAAUCACUAAACCUCACUCUUCCUCCACAUAUCGUUCGCUCACGAGAUCCUCGAGCGAUCCUCACAGCGCUGUUUUCCGCCUGGUUACCAUUAUCCACCGCACUUCUCGUCUCUGUCAUCGAAUCACUACCAUCACCUCCGAUUGCUCAGGAAAGCAGGUUACCAGGUCUCAUUGAUGCUUCACCUGGUCAUACUCAUGUCGAUCCCAAGGUCCGCGAUGCAAUGGUAAAGUCCAAAGCCUCCACGGAUGACCCAGUCGUCGCAUAUGUCAGCAAAAUGGUAUCGAUUCCCGAAAGCGAACUCCCAGAGAACAAACGCCGUGGAGGAACACUUAGUCCCGAAGAAGCAAGAGAAAUGGGUCGACGGAAGAGAGCAGAAAUUGCUCGAGCACAGGCAUUGGAGAACGGAACUGCUGAAGAUCCUGUAAACGGACUUACUGAGACGAUAGGAGACGCCAGUCUUGAGGAAAAGAAGCCAGAAGACGAGGCCCAGCCUAAGGAGCACCUCAUUGGUUUCGCGAGAAUAUACUCCGGGACCCUCUCAGUCGGCGACUCAGUCUAUGUCUUACCCCCCAAAUUCUCCCCAGCACACCCACACAAUAGUCCUGAGCCACAAAAGGUCACUGUCACAGCUUUAUACCUCCUCAUGGGCCGCGGUCUCGAACCACUCACCUCCGUCCCCGCCGGUGUAGUGUUCGGCAUUGGCGGCCUAGAAGGCCAUAUUCUCAAAUCCGGCACAGUUUGCAGUCAACUCAUCGGUAGCGUCAAUCUCGCAGGAGUGAACAUGGGCUCGGCACCCAUCGUGCGCGUAGCACUCGAACCCGUCAACCCUGCUGAUCUCGACAAAAUGAUUUCUGGUCUUAAAUUAUUGGUUCAAAGCGAUCCUUGUGCUGAAUACGAGCAGUUUUCUAGUGGUGAACAUGUGUUGCUGACUGCUGGGGAAUUACAUUUGGAGAGAUGUCUGACGGAUUUGAGGGAGCGGUUUGCAAAGUGUGAGGUUCAGGCUGGCGAGCCGAUUGUGCCGUAUAGGGAGACUAUUGUUAGGGCGGAGGAGAUGAAACCACCUGCUAACAAAGAGCUUGGGAGGGGAACGGUCAUUGCGGUUACUACUUCAAAGCAAGUUACGAUUCGAUUACGUGUGAGGCCUUUACCAGCUGAGGUGACGGAGUUCUUGUCUAAGAAUUUCAGUGCUAUCAAACGACUUUACUCUGAGCGCCAAGCGGAAGAGAAAGGAAAGCAAACGGAGAGUCAAGAUGGAUCGGAUCAAGAAGACGCCGAUGAGGACGGUGUGGUGGAUCAUACAAAGAUUUUAUCACUCGCGGAGUUCAAGAAACAGCUCCAAGCAACGUUUGAGAGUGUAAAGGCCCAACGAGAUGUCUGGGCAAAUGUCGUGGAUCAAAUCUCUGCGUUCGGGCCCCGAAGAACAGGUCCUAACUUACUGAUUGAUGCUACAAAAGAAGGCAUAUGUGGUCGAUUCCUGAACGACAACACCACCGCUUCUAAAACCGCGGAACAAAACACAUCCUCAUCCCUAAGCCCAGCAUCAUUCUCCGACAAAAUAACCCAUGCCUUCCAACUCUCCACCCUACAAGGACCCCUCUGCGCAGAACCCAUGCAAGGCGUAGCCGUCUUCCUCGAUUCCGUCACCGUCACCCCUUCCCCAACCGAAGAAGAAUCCUCACUAGGUCGUUUAACGGGCGAAGUGAUCAAAGCUGUGCAAACGGGUAUAAAACAGGGGUUCCUGGAUUGGUCCCCGAGGAUUCUAUUAGCCAUGUAUUCAUGUGAGAUUCAAGCUAGCACCGAAGUCCUAGGCCGCGUCUACGACGUCCUAACCCGUCGCCGCGGCACCAUCCUCUCCGAAUCACUCCUCGAAGGCUCCUCCUCCUUCACGAUCCUCUCCCUCCUCCCCGUCGCCGAAUCCUUCGGUUUCUCCGACGAAAUCCGCAAGCGCACCUCCGGCGCCGCCUCGCCGCAACUCAUAUGGCGCGGCUACGAGAUCCUGCACGAGGACCCCUACUGGGUGCCGCGCACCGAGGAAGAGAUGGAGGACCUGGGCGAGUUUGCCGAUAAGGAGAAUGUGGCGAAGCGGUAUGUGGAUGGUGUGAGGAGGCGUAAGGGCAUGCUUGUUACGGGACGGGGGGAGAGGAGGGAGGGGGAGAAACAGAAGACGCUUAAGAGGUAG